CCCCAUUCCUGUUUGUCGUAAGCCCAAACCCGCACGCUCCAAAUAGCCUGCCUUUCUCUCCGUGCGGGUCGCGGAUCCUCUCUCUCUCUCUCUCCGGUCUUUGCACACUGUAUUUGGUCGCUUCCUCCGCCCUCGAACGCCAGAAAACAUCAAUUGGAGCUGCGAAUUCGAUCUCGCCUUCCUUCGCUUUGCACCCGCGGCGCCCGGAUUCGAGCCCGGCCGUCGAAACCCUAGCGCGCCCCCCCUCCGCCCCACACUUUGGGCGCCGGAGCGGAGGGCGAUGGCGGCGGAACUGGGGCAGCAGACGGUGGAGUUCUCCGCCCUUGUGCGACGAGCCGCGGAGGAUUCCUACCUCGCCCUCAAAGAGCUGGUGGAGCGGUCCCGGGCGCCGGAGGACCAGCGAUCCGACUCCGAGAAGAAGAUAGACCUCCUCAAGUUCAUCGCCAAGACUCGGCAGCGGAUGCUCCACCUCCAUGUGCUCGCCAAGUGGUGCCGACAGGGUUUCUGAAUGUGUUCCUUCUUGAGUGCCUCUAGGCUCCGGUAGAUGGAAAGCCGCUUCAUUUCUUAAUCCAUGGUACGGAUUUAGUCUAGUGUCUGGAUUAGUAGUUUAUCUGGGGAUGAUCCUGGAAACCUAGUUCCAAACUGGUAGUCAGUCUUGGUGAAUUUGAUGGUAUUUGUAGCCUCCAUAGUGAAUUUGUAUAAACUCUCAAGAUAUCGUAUUUAGAUUUUUAGAUUGUUGGGAAAAAUGAUGUUUCUGACCGCGGAGUGAUUUUGUACUUGAAUGAUAGCUGCUGCCAGAAAAGAUUUUGCAAGGAAAAUGCAGCAUUCGCAGUUUUGAACUGCUUAAAAAGAGUCACUUUGAAGGACUGUGCUCAUGAGUUCUUAAUUGAGUACGUAUCCUGUAUGUGCAUAUCUGCAGUAUAGAUUUUUGGUAUUGACCAAGAUUGAUUUGUUUCUUCUCUAAGUUGUCAUGUGGUCAUCACUUCAAUAUAUAUCAGAUUAUCUGCUUUCCAUUUUUCA